AGUGAUCUUCAGUUCGGAAAGCUGUGUAGUGCCCUAGCACAGCUGAUUCGAAUAAUCAAAGCUUGAUGAUGAGUUGGUUAUUUGAAUCGGGGGGUGAUGAUGCCCAAGCUCGGAUGACCAAGUACGGAUGACCAUUCAAAACGAUUUUUCCCAAUCAGAGCUCGUGUUUUUCCCGAGUUCCUAGUUAUCUUGAACACACUGAAGUCGGAGGUCAGAGAUUUUUGAGUUCCCAGUCAUCUUGAACGCGGCAUAAAUACAUCAUUGGGCUGAAUCUGCACACAGCAUCACUACGAAGCACGUCUCAAUUGUCUACUACAAAGAACGACCCGACCGAUCAUUACGGUUACCGACCGUAGUGCGUGUUGAUUUUGUCUUUCUAAAUGCGUAUUUUAACCAAUGGAAGCGGAAGUGUUGAACCCCCAAAUGAUGGCGGACGUUAAUGGCAACAAUAAAUUUCAAAACGCGGAGCUCGAAGUGAUAAAGCUUCAGGAGCUGGUGCGAAAAUUGGAGAAACAAAACGAACAGCUCAGGACAAGAGCUAAUUCAGUAAACAAUUGCAACAAUGGCCCACAUAUAUUUCCAACCUCAUCGGCCUGUCUGCACGGGAGUACAGCGUGUUCUGCUUCUAGUCUGGUUUUCUCUGCAAAUUAUUCAAAUCCAGCACUAUCGCAUCCUUGUGCUCUUGGACCAUUCUCCAAUUUUCAACAAAACUCGGUAUUUGAUGCUGAUGUGGAGGCUGUCGGUUACGGACCUGCCACUGUUCUGGACGAGGUCGAUAUUCUAGACCUGGAUACCGUACUCCCGGUUGGAGAGGCUGAUCAUAGCUGGCUGUAUGUGUGUCCUAAGGCCAGGCUACGGGGCGAGUGUUUCCUUAGUCCCCUUCAGUGGAGCAGGCAGGUGCUGGACCACCCAGGCCCUGAAGUGGAGAUGGCCAAGAGGUCCCUGUGCCACAGACUGGAGCAAGGCAAGUGGAGGAGAAGCAUCAGCAACUCGGGUCUGGUGUCCUCUGUCCGUCCUUACAGCUCCAUCACAGAGUGGAUCUCUCCCCUCAGCUGCCCCAUCCUGCCUUACACUAAACCUGCUGCACUAACCACAGAGUCCACAGCACCAUUCUCUGCAUCCUGCCAUCCCUUGCCCCAGCAGCAGACUCUCCCAAGGAGGGGCUCCUGCAGCCUGAACUCGGUUUACCACAGUGUGAGUCGGCAGCAUGCUGCGGUCAGCCCCCAGUCUUCCAUGGAUAGUGAGGUGGGCACCUCAGAGCUGGAGGAUGACACUAUAUCUAUGGGCUAUAAACUACAGGACAUGACGGACGUACAGGUCAUGGCUCGACUGCAGGAGGAGAGCCUGCGUCAGGAGUACGCCACUACCUCUUCUUCGACCACGGCCAGCCGUCGCAGCUCCAGCUUCUCACUCCGGUGUAACGAGAUGGACCUGGACGAGGAAGAGGAGGAUGAGGAGGGCUACAACCAGCUCCCUCCGCCCCAGCCUCGGCUGCUCCGGACCGGGUCCAUGCAGUGGGGCGGCCUGUCUCACUCACACACCUUCUCCAGUAUCUCCAGUAUCAGGGAGUGCAGCAGACGCAGCACCUCCACCCCUCAGUACUCCCUCAGUGGGCUGUCCCAGUACCAGCAGCAAUUCUCCGGACCCUCCAGACUCAUCGCGGACACAUAUGGAUACAGGUCCAGCACAGACAAGCUGCGGAGAAGCAUGCCCAACCUGAUCCGAGCUCCCAGCAUGCAUUGCGAUCCCAGUGUUGUUCCAAGCCUGGUGUCUCCUGUCAAUCACUCAUCUGGCCCCUCCUCCCUGCCAAUAACCAUGCGGGGCAGCCAGAGCUUCGACUCGUCCAAUGGGCUCGCACGACUUCAGUCCUCCAUUCCCUCCAUCGGCCAGCUCAGCCAGCGAUUCCAGAGUGUGGGAAACUUCCACACAACCCCCCGACACCCCGUCAAGGCCACAGCCUAUGUCAGCCCCACGGUCCAACAGGGUCCCUUCUCCUCCUCCAACACCCUCUCUACCUCUGCCAUUCGUCACAACAUCCCCAGCAGUGCACCCCAGGCCCUCAAAGUCACCAUCCCCAGUGGUGUCCCCCAGCUCUCCUCCACCCCCCGUAGUGCCUUACCACGACCCGCCUCCUUCACAGGGACCGGUGGCAUUCCCCGCCCCAGCAAGAUCGCCCAGCCCACACACAGUCUAUUGACCCCCCCAAAGAGCCUGGCUGCGCUAAGCGCUCUGAGAGAUGGCAGCUGGAAGGAUGGCUGCUACUGAACCCGUGAUGUUGUAUAACACCUCAUCAUUCAUUGGGUUACUGUAAGAUCUSUAUGUUCUGAACCAAGGCCUGAGGCCAUGGAUCAUUCAAAUGGGCCAAAUGAGUCGCAGCUUAAAGGGAUACAGUGCAUUUACAAAGUAUUCACACCCCUUGACUUUSUCCACAUUUUGUUGUGUUACAGCCUGAAUUUAAAAUGGAUUACAAUUUGAUUUCUUUUGUCACUGGCCCUUAAUGUCAAAGUGGAAUUAUAUUUUGACAUUUUUUUUUAAAUAUUAUUUUUUUUUAUUUUUUUUACAAAUUAAUUAAAAAUGAAAAGCUGAAAUGUCUGGAGCCAAUAAGUAUUCAACCCUUUGUUAUGCCAAGACUAAAUCAGUUUGGAAGUAAAACGUGUUUAACAAGUCACAUAAUAAGUUACAUGAACUCCCUCUGUCUGCAAUAAUAUUGUUUGACAUUAUUUUUGAAUGACUACCUCAUCUCUGUACCCCACACAUACAAUUAUCUGUAAGGUCCCUCAGUCG